AUGGCGGCAACUUUCGACUUGUUUAUCGUGAAUGUUGUCUCGACUAACUCUUCGGCCCAUUUGACUUUGACUCGUCACAAUACUUUCGAUCGUGAUAGCCGAAUAAAUGGUCACUUUUUGAGAAAAUUGGAAACUGGAAAAGCAAAGACACAAGAAAAUGAAGAGAGGAAUGACUUGACUCCAAAAGAAUUAGCUACGCUUCUGAAUCAGCUUUAUGCUUUCGAUUGGCUGAUUAAGAAAGAGAAGCAACUUGAGUCUCUUUUUUCAAUCAGGUCUGUCUUAGAAGGAAAAGAGAUCAA